UAAAAAUCAGCAUGCUAAAACAAUAUUUCUGCUGCUAAAUUAACCUUGGUUGUUGUUUUUGUUUGUUUGAAUGGACAGAGGAAAAAUAACUAUGUAAAAAAAAAAUCAAGGUUGGUUUGUUUUGUCUUGCAGAGGAAAUUGGGUCCAAUCAGAUGCUUGUCGGUUUUGCAGCACUAAAUAUGCCGUUCAUGGCUUUUUUAAAAAAAAGAUUCUCGUGAAUGGCUGAGGGGUCAGAUUCUCCCAAAGAGUCACUGCAAGGAGGAAUGUGAGGAGAGGAAGAAAAAAAAAAGGGAUAUAUUUUAACCUUUUCUAAUUUGGGCCUGUUAAAAAAGGGUUAAGUGAAGCCGUUGAAUGCUGCAAGCCUUGUCAGGGUUGUACUAUUUCCUCUAGUGCGUAAGGAGAAGGGUGAGGAGAAUUUGAAGGAAACUGGGAGAUUUCAAACAAAAGGGGGAUCUGCAGCAAAACCUCCAAGGUUGACAAUGAAGAGGCAGAACAAAAGGCAUAAUUGCCCAGGUUCUGGCAGAAAUCGCUGCCUCGGAGACUGAGAGCUAAGGGUUCGAUUCCACCUGACUCCCCCUACCUAGUUCUGAAAUCCUGGCUCAAAGUAGGCAAGCCAGGCGGCUGUCUGCAGCUGAAGAAAGGAUGUUAGAGAGUCUCUCUUUAGGAGGAAAAAUGGUUGGUUGGACUCCUCUGCACUAAGAAACGCCAGCCUCCGAAGAAACGGCCCAGCUGCCAGAGAUUGUCUGGUUUUGACCAAGUUAGAUGCAGGGAACCUGAUGACACCAUGUUGUGCUGGGGGCUCGGGCGUGAAAGUCUCAGUGACAGUUUCUGGCCGCAAAAGUUGAGCUCACCUGGGGCUUUUUGUGGGCUGUUUGGAGAGCCAGGCUCAAGAGAUGAUGCUGAGCAUCUCCCCCAGCUGUCAACGGAGCCCUCUGCAAAGUCGCUAGUGCAUGGGAGUCAGGUAGCAGGCUUCAUCCCAAGGCAACUCGGAUGUGCGGCAUGACUGCGAACCUGGCGCAGUGGCACAGGAGCUGAGCAUGGCAGGGGGCAUGGUCUGCUGUUUGCCUUGGUGAGGAGAAAGAAGACCGAGAUCACACUGCGCAGUGCCCGGCACCAGGCUACAGCCGCAACCUCCAGUGCCAGUUCCCACAGGCAGGGUGGCUUUCACCCUGUGCUAGGGGCCACCGCACGUGCAACAGACAGAGAUGCAGCUCUGUGUUUUCGGGUGGCCACUGGUGCUCUCUGCCCCUCUCUCUUGUUGCCAUACGGGGCAGUGAGGAAUUAUAAAACAGCAUGCAGGAGGAAGAGGGCUGCCUCUAAGAACUGGAUCUUUUGCAGAUGCCGCUAUAAAGCACCCACCAGCUCUCUACCAUACUGCUGUUUUUUCCAGGCAACGCCACACCUCCUGAGGACACUGGGGACAUCAGGUUUUUGCUGAGCUUAGCAUCUUUCCACCAUCAUAGAGAAAGCUUCAGACAGACACUCAUCUGCCCUGAAGUAAAGAGCUGCAACGGCCAUCAAGAGGCUUUCCUUCCUUUGCAUGUCCAAUCCCACCCCAUUACCAGACCUAACCUGCACAAUCUGGAGAGCUAACCCUCCCCCUCACCUUUCCUACGAUGACUCACCAUUAUUUUGAACUUUGAAGAGAGGAACUUAUGGGGAUCUUGGAAGCCUGUAUUUCUCUCUAGGAUUUCCCCAGAGUCAAUUAAUCUGUGUCACUAAGAGACACUGAGAUUUGCUUCUCCAGCAGGCUAAAAUAUUCCCCCCCUCUGAUCAUCCCUCUGCAUUUUCAUGAGCUACUUCCAAACCUAUGAACUUGUCCUUUCCCAGGAGAGUAGCCUUCCCCUGAACCUCAUCCCAGCACCGGGCAGCUGGAAGAGUUUAGAUUAAGGAUUGCUUUUAAACCUAAAUAUGACAGUUGCUACUGGAGACCCCACGGAUGAAGCAGCAGCUUUGGCAGGUCAUCCUCAGGACACCUAUAACCCUGAAACUGAUCAUGAAUGCUGCGAGAGGGUAGUCAUUAACAUCUCGGGGCUGCGGUUUGAAACGCAACUCAAGACGCUAGCUCAGUUUCCAGAGACCUUGCUAGGGGACCCUAAAAAGAGAAUGAGAUAUUUUGAUCCUCUCCGGAAUGAGUAUUUCUUUGACCGAAACAGACCCAGCUUCGAUGCUAUUUUGUACUACUACCAAUCGGGGGGCAGGUUAAGGAGGCCUGUCAACGUGCCCUUAGACAUCUUCUCGGAGGAGAUCAGGUUUUAUGAACUCGGGGAAGAAGCCAUGGAGAUGUUCCGAGAGGAUGAAGGAUACAUUAAGGAAGAAGAAAGGCCUUUACCGGAGAAUGAGUUUCAGAGACAAGUGUGGCUGCUUUUUGAGUAUCCAGAAAGCUCAGGACCUGCCAGGAUUAUAGCUAUUGUCUCUGUCAUGGUGAUUCUAAUCUCCAUCGUGAGCUUUUGCCUGGAAACGCUGCCUGUUUUUCGGGAUGAGAACGAAGACCUGCAUGGAGGUGGAAUGAGCCAUCACCCUUACUCCAACAGUACCAUGAGCUAUCAGCAGUCGACCUCUUUCACAGACCCUUUCUUUAUAGUAGAGACACUUUGCAUCAUUUGGUUCUCCUUCGAGUUCUUGGUAAGGUUUUUUGCCUGCCCCAGCAAGGCUGGGUUUUUUACCAACAUCAUGAACAUUAUUGACAUUGUAGCUAUCAUUCCAUACUUCAUCACUCUAGGGACCGAACUGGCUGAGAAACCAGAGGAUGGCCAGCAAGGCCAACAGGCCAUGUCUCUGGCCAUCCUUCGAGUCAUCCGCUUGGUGAGGGUUUUUAGGAUCUUCAAGCUGUCCAGGCACUCCAAAGGGCUGCAGAUCCUGGGGCAGACCCUCAAGGCCAGCAUGCGGGAACUAGGCCUCUUGAUAUUUUUCCUCUUCAUCGGUGUCAUCCUCUUCUCCAGCGCCGUCUACUUCGCUGAGGCGGAUGAGAGCGAGUCUCAGUUUCCCAGCAUCCCAGAUGCUUUCUGGUGGGCGGUGGUUUCCAUGACCACAGUUGGCUAUGGAGACAUGGUCCCUACGACCAUCGGUGGGAAAAUAGUGGGCUCCUUAUGUGCCAUUGCAGGUGUAUUAACGAUUGCCUUACCAGUGCCAGUCAUAGUGUCCAACUUCAACUACUUCUAUCACCGCGAGACAGAAGGAGAGGAGCAAGCCCAAUAUUUGCAAGUGACCAGCUGCCCAAAGAUCCCUUCUUCCCCUGACCUAAAGAAAAGCAGAAGUGCCUCCACUAUUAGUAAGUCUGAUUAUAUGGAGAUACAGGAAGGUGUAAACAAUAGUAAUGAGGACUUUAGAGAGGAGAACAUGAAGACAGCCAAUUGCACCCUGGCAAACACAAAUUACGUUAAUAUCACCAAAAUGCUAACCGAUGUGUAGUCCUUAAAGCUGUUACCAUAUUUAAAGCUGAAGUGGAACAAUUACAGAUAUUGCAUAAUAUCCUGCAUUGUAGUUAAUACAGUAUGUUCUACAGCGUGCAUUUGGUUCUGCAUGGGAAGCAAUAGUUGUGUAAGUGACUUUCUAAACUUAUUUAGACACCGAAUAAGCUUUCAUGCAAAAGUUGUUUUUUUACAUCACAGGUUUAUGGGUUUCCAAAGACAUGGAGCAUGUAGGCAUUCAAAACAAAAUUAUAUCACUUGCAGUCCCAGGGAUAUUGAACAAAAAAGUCAUUCAAGAAACCUCAUGUAAACAACAGUCCCCACAAAUGUCAAGCAGAAAAAGUGUUUCACUGCACUCGACACAUACAAAAAAACAUCCCAAGGAAAUAGCACACAUCUAGCUUCCAAGCGUAUGGAUUCAUAAUGAAAAGGUCAUGCAUAGUUUAAUUAAAGGAACAUACAUCCCGGCGUCCAAAUUACUUUAUGGCUUAGACUUCUGCCUUGGAAAUGCCAAGCAAGAACACAUCAUGCAGGCUUGUGUUUCAUAACUGAAAAUGCUGCAUGCUGCAAUGGUUUCAUCCACUGCAGUAUGUCCGUGUGAGACCUAGGGGAGAGACAAUUAGCAUGACAGAACACCAUUGAUUAAGUCUUAAAUUUUCUAUGCCGGUGAUAGGAAGGGACAUAAACAAAUCAAGAGCCUGCUUUUUAUUUGGGUUUUUUUUCCGAUGACACUUCCAUCCUCACUAUCUCCAGGGUCACCAAAGACACAUCCACUGACACAUUCAAAAUGAGUUGAAAAAGUAUCUUUUUUUAGCAUAUUGGAGCAAACUAUGCUGUGGCCUAUAAUAUAUUUAUACUGCAGUGAAAUUUAAUCAGUAAUACAGUACUGCUGCAUGGAUAUGUGUUGCAUGAAUCUUAAUAUUGAAUACACAUACAAAUAUAUUUUUUCUCAGUAGACUAUACAGUAUUCAUGUUUAUAGUGUUUACAGAUUCUCCGAUGACUUGCAGGAGAUUCAUGGAAGUAAAAAGAAAAACAAGGCUGGAUUACGGCAAGGCAGGGGCUGACUAAAUUUGAGACGCAAGGCAAAGCUUUCUGGGUGCUUCCUGGUAUUCACUGAAACGGAGCAAAGAAUUGUGCAUGUGAAGGAAGGUGAGCUGAAAGUUAAGCAACAGUACUAAGCAACACCAGCAGAGGAACUGGCUUGGGUAUGACUAGGUAUAAUACGGGAUAUAGUAGUUCAGGUUAGUAGUGGAAAACUAUCGCCCUGCAGCUGACCUCUGCUUCGAAACAACAUACCAAACAGCCUGCAGCACUUGGGCAGAAUGGUCCAAGCUCUGCCCUCGCUGGCACGCACUGAAGUUGAUGAGAUUACAGGGUGUCAUUGAAGGUGGGAUCCAACCUGCUUCCCAGAUGGCCCCUUGCUUUCAAUCAGUGGGGCAAGAGUUUCCCAUUAUUCUCAAGCUCCACCUUCUAGCACACCUUUUGAAAAUGCCCCCGGGCCCUAACUUUGCUGCAACUUCAGCCGGCCUGUGCUGUGUUUUGGCUCACAGAGGGCAUGCGGCCCUCUUGGCCUAAAGCAGAGCUCCUUCGCUUUGGACCACACCUUGCCAUCCCCUCCCAGGAUGAAGCUUCCCUUGAAAUCAAUGGGACUUUCCCCAGAGCAUGGGAAACUCGCCUCUGUGCAGAGAGUCUGCAAAAGGACUGCUCAACAAUUCAGAUCCACAGGCCAAAUGUGGUGCACUUGCUUUGUGCAGGGGUGAAGGCAGGGCUGGAUUUAAAGACUGGUCCAGCAAUUCCUCAGAACCUGGAGCACUUCUUCUGUACUGACUCAGUCUUCAAGUCCGCGACCUCCCCCCACUCCAUUGAUUGCAAUGGAAGUUCUGCCUGAAUAAAGAACUCAGGGCUUUCCCCAUUCCCUUUACAAUCCCAGUUUUAUUCCAGAAUAGCUGGGAGCCUCCCAUUGCUCCCACGAAUGUUUCAAGUGGAUUAUAUUGACCUGUCCCCUGCCCCAUGCACAUGCUUGUUUACUUCCCGUUUUCCCAUAGUUUCCAUGUCCAGAAGCGUAGCUGACAAUCUGACAGCGGCAGGAGAGAAAGGAAAUUCCCCAUUGUUUGAUAAACCAUCCAACAGAGGCAAUCUUCUUUUCGUACACAUGCCACGGCAUCAGAGAAUGCCCGGCUGCAAGAUCUGUAGCGCAGAUCUCAGCCGCUCCCUAGCUGGUCAGUAGAACUCUGAAACCAGCAAUUAUUUACUGUUUUAAGGCCUCGGGCUAGGAAAGCAUUUAAGGACGUGCUUAAACUUAAGCACACGCUAAGCGGUACGCUGAAUCGGGGCCUUAGACUCCCAUUGACUUCAGUGCACUUUGGAUCAGGCAAAUAGAUUUCUACCUAUCGUCAUUUUCAAAGGCUGCCAUGAGAGAAGGGAUUAUUUCUAAUAUCCUUGAUAAAAUACAGGUACUGCUAUAGCCUUCAGCAAUGGUUCCCAAAUCUUGCUAUGGUCCCGAUUCUCCUCUCACUUACACCAGUGUCAUGCCACUGAUCCAUAUGAAGUUACUACUGAUUUACACCCGUGCAAGGGAGAGAAGAUUGACUCAGGUCCAUUAGGACUGGUACUACAGCACUUUCUCCCGUUAGGGCAAAAGGGCCUGACUCCUGCAAGGUGCAAAGCGCUUUCAGCUCCACUGCCCUUCAGUGGCCAGUGCUGGCGCAACACGAUUGAUUCAGAGGCAUUUUUUUAAUAAGAGAUCUUAAUUCUCUGGCUUCCCGGGUGUAAGCAAUGAACAACAGAAGUGCAUUUUUUGUCUUGUUCAUUUAAAUGCAAUCAUUUUUACCUCUAAAAUAUAAUAUAAAACUAUCAAAAGCAAUAAACCUUAUUAAAAGAUUCCAUCACAUUUUAUAGCGAUGGUCCUAAACCAGCGCCACUUGCUUCUCAGUCCAAAUUCCCAGUGAGGCCAGCCAGCCUAAAUCGGUCUGUCCCCACCAUUGUAGCAUCUGAGUACCUCAUAGACUUUAAUGAUUUACCCUUACAGCACCCCUGUGAGGUAUGGUGGUGUAUUAUUCCCAUUGUACAGAUGGGAAACUGAGGCAGAGUGAGACUAAGGGCCAGAUUUUAAAGGUAUUUCGGCACCUAGAGAUCUCGCCAUCUGGGGGGAUUUUCAAAAGUGCCUAGGCACCUAACUCCCAUUGACAUCUGUAUCUGUGGGUACAUCUAUACUCCAUUGUAAACCAGGUCUAUGGGACUCAGGCUUGUGGACUUGGUGUUUCCAAGCCUGUGCUUGAGUGUCCCUACUGCAUUGUAAACCUGGGUUUAUAAUUGCUGAACCAGGGUCUCACAGCCAUGCUGACUCAUCUAUACUGCACUACGCAGGCCUUCUGACUCAAGUCGGUGGCUUGUGCUACAUCCACACUACAAAAUGACAGGGCUUGGACUUGAGGCACAGUAAGACUCAAGCUCUGACCCUCCCCCACCUCCCCGCCCCCAGCAGGGUCCUAGGACCUGGGUUCGAGCGCUGGGUGACCAGAGUCAGACUGAUUUGCGUGAAGACAGAAGGGGGGUUUGAUCUCAAACCUGAGUCACAACCUGGGUUUGCUGUGCAGUGUAGACAUACCUUUUAGGUGCCUAAAUACCUUUGCAGAUCUGGGCCUCAGUGACUUGACCAAAGUCACACAGGACAUCUGUGGUGGAGGAACUGACACACAGAGAGACUGUGGCUAAAACAAAAGUGCCCAAGACUCUAACUUUCAAUAAAACUUUGGGUAAAAUUUUCAAAAGUGCCUCAAUCCCAUUGGCUUUCAAUAGGACUUAGGGUCCUGAAUCACUUAGACACUUUUGAAAAUUGUACCCUAAAUGACUCACCCAGGCAAUCUGUGGUAGAACUUGGACAUGAACCCAGAUCUCUUGAAUACCAGCAAGUGCCCAAGCCACUGGACUACCCUGCCUCCUUCUGGACUGCUCUUUUGGUCCGUAAUGAUUUUUAUAAGUGACCUUCUCCCCUCAUGUAGAAGACCAUUACAAGGCCUGUACACCACCUUAUCUUAAGGGCUUAGGUGGGUUAGAGGUCUCAUGCUGAUCCUUUGCCCAGGGAUAAAUAUCAUCUUAGGUGAGUAGGGAACACCAGGAACUGGUCCAGUGGUUGGUUUAUCCCCAGUGUUUUGAGCCAUUGCUGUACCAUGCUGGCGUAUUUUGCAUAAGGGAUAUCACAACAGAGAGUACAGUGCUGUUCUUACACUUAGCCAUGGCUAUCAUUAUCUGUCUUUCUCUCUGGAUGGACGAACCAAUUGAGAUAAAAUACAGAUCUGCCCAAACCUUCAGUUAACAAGCUCUAAUCAAUGCCCUUCCCCCAAAUAUUCUGAGUUUCCCAGGAGUUUGGUGAACUUUAAAAUAAUGCUCACUGAAGCCAGGAGUGAUGGCUUAAUCCCUUCCAUUGCCUUGAGCCAGACUAAAAUUAUUACCACCUGGCUCAGUGCACCUGAAGGGAGGAAGGAAUAUAUGUGGCUAAUGACUUGCUCUGGGUAGACUGCCUUGGCAUUGGCGCAGAAUUUGAAAACAGGCCCGAUGUCAAGGACAUACAAGAAUGCCUGAGGCAACCUGCUCUGGGAGCUUUAAGAGUCCGCAGUGGGCUCACUGGGAACAGUGUCCUCAUGACCAGGGGGCUAUGGCAAACAGAAGGGGCCAAAUGUAGCCCCGACAUAAAGAGAUUACACUCCUAUUGACUUCAGUGGGGCUUGAGCCUAGAGUUCAGGGAUCUAGGUACUGUUCCUAGCUUUGUUUCUGACUCACCUUUGUGACUUGGAAAAAGUGUUCAAAAGUGGCAUCUGAUCUUGGUUUGAGAGACUUCAGGCCUGAUUUUCAGAGCUACCAAGCAUCGAGAACUCUCUUUGAUGUCCACAGGAAAUGGAAAUCAGGCCCAUGGCAUCUCACAUCAGGCACCCCUAACUGCGGCACUUAGGACCCUCAUGAUUUGUCCAAAGCCACAGAGAGAGGCAGCGUCAGAGCCGGGAUUAGAACACAGGUCACUUUCUAGCACCUAACCCUGAUGCGCAGAUUGCUAGGCAACAUAUAAAAUCUCUCUCUCUUUAAUGCCUUAAAAAAUAGCAUUUGCUCAAAGGGCAAUCACAUUAGGCUGGGGAACUGGUGAGUUUCCAUCAAACCAAAACCGAUAGGAAAAAAUAUCUAUGUAGAUAGUAUUGUGAGUACAGGCUUUAUCAGAAAUACUUAUCUCUGCAGAUAGUUUUAUGUCCUUUUCCAAAGCCUACUCAAACACUAUGCUAUAUCAAGAAAAAGUUCCUAAGAAUGGUGUUCUGAGAGUGUAGCCUGGGGGUGUAUAAAUAUGAACAUAUUUGUGCAUAAAUACACAAAAGGAGAGAAAAAGACAGAGGAAGUAUUUCAGGAAGGGUCUUGCUUUGCGACCAGGUGGUUCCUAGGUCAGCCACUGAAAUUACUGACAAAAUCUCCUAGACUUUCUGGAGUUCGCAAUACAGUUAGAGGUGGGCCCAAGCUGAGAAACAGAUCCAGAUCCAAAUUUGAAAUGGGUUGAAUUAAACACCUUUCCCUCUUGAGUAACGAGGACAUUUGGAGUUCAGCUUUACAGCUGUUCCUUCUCUCUCUCUAGUGGAGGGAACAAAUCCCCCAAUAGCCCUGAAACUUUGCGAGAUCGCCAACCCAUGGCUUGGGCCCAUCGCUAGUAUCUAUGUUACUAUGCAGAUGAAGCCAAAGCAAUGAUCUAAGGGAUUUGUUUGUGAUGCAAGAUGCAUCAGCUGAAUCAAAUUAUUAUAGAAGUUAGGGAAAAGUAUCCAUAGGUAGAUACUACUGUGGGUUACAGGAUUUAUCAGAUGCAGGGCAUGUGAUUUCCUACAAUUAUGAAUUUCAACCCUAUAAGGUUUGAAUGUCUUAUAGGUCCCACAGCCCCAUAAAGAAGGCCCCCAUGCUUCCUUCCCCCGACCCCUCACAUCAGGGAGAGAUGGAGCAGAACUCAGGGGUGGAUGCAUGUACCUAAGAAUGUGGACUAUGGCAUGGACCCCACAUAUUUGGAGCUGGGGAGGAGUAACUCUAUAGAGUGCGUUCUCCUCAGGAUCCUGUGAAUUUCCCACUGACCAUCACUCUAGUUCCUAAUACUGCUCAGAGCAGAGUUAAUUACCUCCCCUUGUCCUCCAUCCCCUCAAUGGGGUGUGGUCAGUAUCUGUGCUCAGUAGAGGACCAAUUGGCUAUGCUGCCAUUGGGAAAGAGGCCAGGGAGCAAUGAAGAGUGGCUGGCACAGAUCCCUAAGCUUAGGCCUAGUAUUCACCAUGGAUCUUAAGGCUCUGCAUGAGUGAGAGACGGCUCCUUUCUCACACACCUUGUGCAUGCAAAUCUCUUCCCCAGAGCCAAGAACUCUUCCUGUUGUCAGAGCUCCUCUCCUCCCUUUUGCAAGUGGUUGUUGUUGCAGCUAUUAAUUUCUGCUGUGGUCAUGUCUAGGGACCCCAAGCAGGGAUCGGGGCCCCAUUCCAUUAGGCACUGUCUAAGUAAAUAUCACAGAGACAGUUCCUGCCCCAGACAGCUGACAAUCCCCUAAUGGGAACACCUAGCUCUCAAUUCUUUUUCAUACCAACCCUUGAGAGCAAACCUUACACUACUUUUGGUCUUAAGCUGAAAUGCGGCUCCUCUCCUGUGCUCUGCUCAGGGUCCUUUGUGAAGUUCAGCAUAAUGGCCACAUUCUAGCACUUUAAUCGCCUGCCAGCUCUCUCUCUGCAUCAGACCAUUUCUAAAAUCUUCCAGCUGCAGUCACGAUCUUGGCAUUUAGCCCUGCAUGAUGCUGGCUGGACACCCUCAAUUCCUAUUUCUAGAAAGGGAGCUGCAGGUGCUGAGAUCUUGGCAGGAUCACAUCAUAGGACUUUGGGUCAGAACCCGAGCUAGUGAAAAUUGGUGCCAUUGGAGCUACACCAAUUUAUAUCAGUUGAGCAUCUGGUCCACAGCUCAUGUAAAGGUGGCAACAGAUAAAUUCCUUAAUUCAUGUUUCUCUUCCUGGGUACGUUUUGGCUUCUACAGGAUGUUGAAUGAUGCAAUGUGACAACAGUUUCUUUCCAGGGUGUCUGUGUGUAUAAAUAUAUAUGGGAACUGCAUAUUCUUUCAAGAUUUGUAUGGCUUUUUUUUUUAACCAAGUGUAAGAACUGCAAUUAGUAGUUUGCACCUGCUUCCCCAUUGCCUGAGACUUUGCAAAUGUCUUACAAUGUCAUAUUACUCAUCAUUGCUAGAAGCUAAAAAAAAAAGAUAGAUAUUGGCUCAAAUAUGAGUGUGUUGCCUAAUUUGAGAGAAUCAAUAUGAAGAGGAAAUCCAAGAAAAACAUGUAAUAAUGAUGCUGGAACUGAACCUUUCGUCUCCAUGGUUACUGGAGAAAUGGGACCAAUAAUGGAGAGAGGCCUAUAAACUGUGGAAGAAGGGCUCAUGGGAAUUCCAACUCAUUUAACCAUGUGUUUGCUAGACAACAUUUUAGACACCAGCUGUAUCUGAAUUGCACAGUGUGUAUAGACAGUAUCAUUCUUAUUGACGACUGGCUGGCAUUCUCAGCAUUGACUGGACACUGUUAGCUGAGAAAUCCGAAGUCAAUAAGGUGGGACAUUUGUAUAUAGAUAUACAUAUCUGUGUAAAUACAUAUUCUGAAUGAA